UCUCCGUCAGCGCUUCAGCUCUUUGGUGAGCACGUUAAUGGUUAAGUACAUGACGAUCUGCUUUCUGAUUGGUUGUCGGUUGCUUGUGUGUCACUCUGUGUGUACUGCCGGUUCCCAUCUUCCCCGGAAGCGGCUCGAGCCACUCGAUACGGACCGGGAUCGGUAACAGGGACCGGCUUACCACGGACACGAGACGUGGUGCUGGGGUCGAAUCGCCUGGAAGGAGCUGAGGGGUGUACGGAUCCCUGCCUGUGGAGUGUUAUCGAGUGUUCCGGAUAUCGGGUGUUCAGGUCAUCUGCUCACCAGGAUGUUGCCGCUUUCUAUUAAAGAUGAUGAAUAUAAGCCUCCGAAAUUCAACCUGGUGCGGAAGGUGUCCGGGUGGAUCAGGUCCAUCUUUUCGGACUCCACAUCCAGGAACCUCUUCUGCUUUCUAUGUUUGAAUCUGUCCUUUGCGUUUGUGGAACUUUUCUAUGGAAUAUGGAGCAACAGCUUGGGCUUGAUCUCCGACUCUUUUCACAUGUUUUUUGACUGUACGGCUUUGUUAGCGGGACUGGCAGCCUCUGUUAUCUCUCGGUGGAAAACGAAUGAAGCUUUUUCUUACGGAUUUGUCAGAGCAGAGGUCUUGGCUGGGUUUGUCAAUGGCCUGUUCCUGAUUUUCACAGCAUUUUUCAUCUUCUCUGAAGGUGUGGAGCGAGCGCUGGACACCCCGGAGGUCCAUCACGAGCGUCUCCUUCCUGUGUCCAUUCUGGGAUUCCUUGUGAACCUCGUUGGGAUAUUUGUGUUCCAGCAUGGGGGAAGCCAUGGACACUCUCAUGACGGUGCUCAUGGUCACAGCCAUUCCUUAUUUAACGGUUCCUUAAGCCACGGACACAGUCAUGGAGGGGGUCAUGGGCACAGCCAUGGGGAAGGCCAUGGACACAGUCACGGUGGAAACCACGGCCACAGCCAUGGAGGAGGACACGGCCACAGCCAUAAACAAGGACAUGGUUUUGAUUCAUCCUGUCCUGAUGAGCCACCUGCAGAGCACAGAGGGUCCAGCAAGCAGAUUUUAGAAGGGGUGUUCUUACACAUUGUUGCGGACGCGCUCGGCAGCGUUGGGGUAAUAAUCUCCACUAUCCUAAUGCAACAAUAUGGGCUGAUGAUCGCUGAUCCCAUUUGCUCAAUGCUUAUCGCUAUGCUCAUCAUGGUCAGUGUGAUCCCGCUGCUAAAGCAGUCCAUCGGCAUCUUGAUGCAGCGGACCCCUCCUUCUCUGGACCAUGUGCUUCCUCAGUGUUAUCAGCGGGUGCAGCAACUAGAAGGAGUCUACCAUUUGCAUGACCCUCAUUUCUGGACCCUCUGCACAGAUGUUUACAUUGGGACUUUGAAGCUGGUUAUCGGUCCGGAGGCAGAUGCUCGCUGGAUUUUGAGCCAAACACACAAUAUUUUUACACAGGCCGGUGUCAGACAGUUGUACGUUCAAAUAGAUUCUGCCGUUAUGUAACCAUCAGAUAAUCUUCUGUGUUGGACCAAAGAGCUAAACCUGGACAUGCUCUGAUAAAGCCACUGCAGGAAUGCAACCAUUGGGACCAUAAUCUCCUGUAAAUUUGAUGCCUCUGUAAAGAGGGGGGUUCCAGUUCCUCCAUGCCAGAUCUUUAUUUGUAAGUUUCCUUUUUAUGAACAGACGUCAUGUUGGCUAUCGCCUUUUCCUCCACUUUACCCCUUUUACCUCAAAGGAUCCAGUCUGUGAACUUGAUGCCACUUUACCUUGAGACCGAGUAACAUGUUCAAGCAACAGUGAUGAAGUGACAACUACUUCUACUGUAAGAACCAAAUCCACGUGUCACCACACCAUGGAGGAUCUCUAAGGGAAUCGAAUCAACUUUGUGUUAGAAGGCACUAGCCACACAUGAACGGCUGUUCUCAUCCAAGACAGGGCUUUUGUGCAAUGCCGGGCAGUUUCUAAAAUUCCAGCACCGUCUCAAUAAAAGCGGUUACAACUUCAAACCUUCCUCGCUCUGAGAGGAGCGGGUUACUGUAUACUCCUUUUUAUAGAAACAACCCAUCUUUAGGAACUCAUCAGUGUUACAAAGCAGAUCUAGUUGGGCUGCUCACUGACGAAAGCAGACAUGAACUCCGUUCCAUCGCAACAACCAUCUUAAGACUGUUCAAUGUGAAACCCUUCUGGGAGUCCCAAGUGCCUUUUUACACCGUCCUCUGGAUGGAGGUUUGCGAUCUCCGAAACGCUGACAGUGAGGUGGCGGCUGUGGCGCAAGUCCACUGACGUACCUCUCGUCUAACUCGGUGGGGAAUGUCCUCUUAAGUUUCUCCGCUGUAUUUACGAUUCCUCUGUAACAGACUCCAAUUUUAAAAGCGAUGUAUGUUGUAAGGCAACGUCUUUAUCAUGAAACUAGUUUGUGGAGCCCUCUGCUACCCACAAACUUUCGUGUGUUCUUCUUUUUAAACCAUUCAAGUGGAAACCAUUAAACAAUUUGUGCUUCACCAAUUUUGUAUCCAACCUGAGCACAAGGGCUAGAAAAAUGGUGAAUCUAGAAUGGGGCGGUUUUAAGGGAUUUUCUUUUUUAUUAUAUUUUCCCCAAUAAGAUUUUAAAUGGUAGAGCAAGUUGAUUUUGUGGGAAUGGUUCAUUUUUUUAUUUUUGCUAGGAGCUGAAGUCAUUUUAACCACAUGUGCCAUGAAUUUUUAUUUUUAAGCAUGAAAAAUUGGAUGUCCAAAGAGCUAUAAUGAUGUCACAGUCCAUGAUGUGUUUGAGUGACAAUGUAUGACUUGGACAACACUAGAAAUAAUGUGAACUUUCUGGCUGCACAAAAAAACAAGACAUUUUGCGUCUUAUCCCUCCCGCUCAUGUUUCAUAUAUGGAUUUGGUUAUAAAGCUGAAAAACCCCAAGAUGCCCCCAAAUAGUGUACAAAAACUGUCGGGAGGUGCCAUCGUACCAUUUGACUUGUUAAAAAUCAAAUAAAAAGAGCUGGAACAGUG